AUGAUAAUUGGAGACUGCCACAAACUUGUCACUAUAUUCCCUCCUUACAUGGUAGGAAGAUUUCAUAAUCUGGGCAUAUUGGAGGUUAUUGAUUGUAAGUCAGUGGAAGAGAUAUUCAACUUCCACCAGCCUACACCACAAAUAAGUGGCGAGGAUGAAACAAGCUUGCGAGUUGUUAAAUUACAAAGGCUGCCAAAGCUGAAGCAUGUGUGGAACAAGGAUCCGCAAGGACUUUUGAACUUUCAAAUUCUGCAAGACGUUUUUGUCUGUGACUGCCCAAGCCUAGAAAAUCUGUUUCCAUUUUCUAUUGCCAAUGAUCUUACGAAACUAGAGAAGCUUCGAAUCUUGCGUUGUGAUGGCAUGAAGGAAAUUGUAGCUAAAGGUGACGUAUCAGAUAUAAGCAACUUAGUGUUUAAGUAUCCUAAGCUAAAAGGUCUUGGAUUAGUCCAUCUACCAGAGCUAAGGUGUUUCUAUCGGGGAACACAUGCUAUAGAGCUCCAGGCAUUGACUUGUUUGUUCCUUGGUCAUUGUGAUAAGUUGGAAGCAUUUGGUACUGAAACAACGCAUUCUGAAAUGAAACCAAUUUUCUCAUCGUUAGCAAAGGUGAUAUCCAACUUGGAGGUACUAGGAAUAUAUGGGCUGAAGGAAAGGAAGUGGUUGCAGGACACCAUUGGCAAUAAUGUUUAUCUAAUGCGCAACACAAAAGAACUACACUUUGAGCGAUUGAGCAGCAUAGAAAUUCUCUUUUGGUUCCUCCACAUAUUUCCUAAUCUAGAAAGCUUAAAUUUGUUCAAUUCUGUUCUCAAAGAGGUAUUGUCUGAUGGAAGUCAUGCUUUCCUCGAGAAAAUUGGAACUGUCGUACGGCUUAAAAACAUGAGUUUAUGGUAUUCAGAUAUUCCAUUGAAUAUAGGCUUUGAAAAUGGUGCCAUUCUUCAAAGAGUUGAGAAGCUAUGCAUCGUGGAAUGUCACUAUUUGGCAAACUUAACCCCUUCCUCCCUAGCGUUGACUCAAUUGUCACAUCUUGAAGUCAGCAAUUGCAACAAAUUAAAGAGUUUAUUGACAUCAUCAACUGCAAAAACCUUAGUUCAACUCACCAUGAUGAAGGUCUCUCAAUGUGCAAUGAUGGAGGAAAUUGUUACCGUAGAGGAGAAUGAAGAAGUGAAACAAGAUGAGAUUGUUUUUGGCAAAUUGAGAAGUUUAGAACUUGUAUCUCUAAGAAACCUCUCCAGUUUUUGUAAUUCCCAAUGUAAACUUGUCUUCCAGUGUCCGUUACUUGAAGAGGUGAAAGUAAGCGAUUGCCUCAAGUUGGAAAAAUUCUCAGAGAAAAUUUUAAGCCCAAACUUGGAAAAAGUUGAUAUUGUAGAAGGAGAAGAGGGAGAUAAAUGGUACUGGGAAGGUGAUUUGAAUGCAACAAUUCAAAAGAUUUUUACAGACAAGGUUCUUUUUGAGUCCUGUCAGAAUAUGGAACUUUCUUGUUAUCCUGGGCUACAACAACUAUGGCGGGAAGAAAUUUCCUCACCAACCAACUGCUUUAACAAUCUAAGAACAUUGAUAGUGAAGAAUUGUUCAUUUCUGUCAGAAGUGUUUCCUUCUAGGUUACUUCCUUACUUUAAGAAAUUGGAGGAAUUGCAGGUAAGCUCGAGUCCAGUGAAGGUUAUUUUUGAUAUUGAUGGCAACAAUUUGACAGAAAUAAAGGGAAAGCCCUUUCAUUUGAAAAGAGUGACUUUAGAUGGAUUGCAGAAUUUGAAGUGUAUCUGGAGCAAAGAUCCUCAUAGUAUUAUGAGUUUUCCAAAUCUGAAAGAAAUUGUUGUUUCUAAUUGUGCGGGUAUAAAAAAUCUUUUUCCAGCAUCUUUGGCAAGAAAUCUGGUGAGACUCAAGAAACUUGAAAUAAGGCAAUGUCAUGCUUUGGAAGAAAUUGUCGGAAAGGAAGAAGCCGUGGCAGAGGGAGCUAGCAGAAAAUUUGAAUUCCACUAUUUAACCACUUUGACUAUGUACCAUUUACCAAGCCUCAAGUUCUUUUAUCCUGGAAGAUACACUCUGGAAUUUUCCAGCUUGGUGAGUCUAAGCGUGUUUGAUUGUAAUAAGUUGGAAAUAUUCGCAUCUGAUUUUCGAAGUCACCAAGGAGCAAUAAGAUGUGAGGAUGAAGCCAAUAUUUCGGCUAGCAGAAAAUCUCUUUUCAUGGAUGGAAAGGUUAUUCAGAACUUGGAAUUUUUAACUCUUAGUGGGAAUGAUAUGAUGAUGUUAUCACAUGGAUAUUUUCCUGAUAACCUGCUUCACAAACUAAAAACUUUGCGGCUGCACUUUGGUGAUUCCUAUGAAGCAGGCGCUACUUUGCCUUUUAAAUUCUUUCAGAAGCUACCUAAUUUAGAACGUCUUAUGGUUAGUAAUUGCAAUGCAUUGGAUGAGGUGUUCCCCUCUCAAAGACCCAAAGAUACUGAUCAUAUCAUCAAUAUUCUCGCACAAGUGAGAGAAUUAGAGCUCGAUUCGCUGCCUUUGCUCUCAUCCAUUGGGUUAGAUUACUCCUGGGUGGACUCAAUUGUUAAGAAUCUGAGAGCGCUUCGAAUGAUGAAUUGCCCUCGUUUGACUAUUCUGGUGCCUUCCUCUGCAUUAUCAUUUUGCAAUUUGAAAGAAUUGAGAAUAGAGCAAUGCCACGGGUUAGUUUCUCUGUUCUCAUCUUCAGUGGCCAAGAGGUUGGUGCAACUUCGUCGAAUGGCGAUAACUGAAUGUGGAUCAAUAACACAUGUAGUGAGUCAUGAGAUUGAUGAAUCAGAUUCAGAUGAUAUAAUAUUUGAAAGGCUUAAAUAUAUAACUUUGAGGCAUUUGCCAAGCCUAGUGAGCUUUUAUUCAGGGAAUGCCACUUUAGAAUUCUCUGCUCUGAUAGUGCAUGCCAUCGAACAAUGCCCAAAGAUGAAAUGUUUCUCUCAAGGGAUUGUGAGAGCGCCCAACCUCAAAGGAAUACAAUAUUUUAGGGACAACGAAUCUGAUUGGCACAACUACAGUGAUCUCAACACCACGAUGGGGAAAUUGUUCAAUGAGAAGCUUGAACAAUUUACAUGUGGCGUUCAAGAUUUAAAGCUUGGAGAUCACCCUGAGCUUGGAGAUAUAUGGCAUGGUGCAAUGUCGGUCCCAAAUGGAGGCUUCAGCAAGUUGAAGACUUUGAUCGUGGACGGUUGCCCAUUUUUAUCACAUUAUGUGAUCCCUUUUUAUUUGCUUCGCUUCCUUAAUAACUUGGAAGAUUUACAAGUACGGAAUUGUUAUUCCAUAAGAGCAGUAUUUGAGGUGGGCAGCUGGUCCACCCCUUUCUCUUUUCCACUGAAAAGUAUGACAUUGGAAGAGUUACCCAAUCUGGAGCAAGUUUGGAAUGAGGACCCUCGAGAAAUUCUCAGCUUUCAAUCUCUGCAACACGUCUAUGUUCGAGGAUGUGGAAGCCUGAAGAGUUUGUUUCCAGCAUCAAUAUUGAAACGCAAACUUGAAAGCCUUGAAAUACUAGAAGUCAUAUGUUGUGAGGGAUUAGUAGAGAUUGCUGCACGUGAAGAGACUGCCUUGGAGGAAUCAGCCAGAAAUUUAGUUAUCUUCCCUAGCUUAACUGAUUUGAGGCUAUUGAAAUUACCAGAGCUCAGGUGCAUCUGUUCAGGACUAAGCAAUGUGGAAUGGCCAAAGUUAAAAGAAUUGGAUGUAUUUCAAUGUGGUCAGCUCAAGAAUAUUGGAUUGGAAGACAAGGUUUUUCCCAACCUUGAGCAUUUGUCACUUUGCAAGGAAGACAUUAUGGAUAUUCGGCAAGCGCCAUUUCCUGAAAACCUUCUUCAGAGAGCAAAAAUCCUCAAAUUGCAUGGCUUUUUUGAUGAUUCAGAUGUAUUUCCAUAUGGAUUCUUCAAAAAGGAAUCACUUCCCCAUGUUGAAAAGUUUGCAGUGUCUCAUAAUAAUUUCAAGCGGAUAUUUACCUCUGAAAGAUCAGAUCUGGAUUGCUGUGCUGAUGAGUUCUUUUCACAACUAAAAACUUUAGAACUGAUUUCUCUAUCGAAGCUCUAUUCCAUUGGAUUAGAGCAGAGUCCUCUACCUGGAAACCUUGAAAUCUUGAAAGUGACAAGCUGUCCCUGUUUAAUAAACUUGGCUCCAUCCACUGUGUCUUUCUCAAUUCUAAGGGUUCUUGAUGUGAGUGGUUGUGAUGGAUUGGUCAAUUUAUUCACAUCCUCAACAGCUAAAAGUUUAGCUUCGCUUGAAGACUUGACAGUUAGUAAUUGUGGAUCAAUGCGAGAAAUAGUGGCUAAAGAAGAAGAUGAGUCAGAUCAACAUGAGAUAGCAUUUGAGAAUCUCAAAAACUUGAAGCUCAAGUCUCUCCCAAGUCUUGACAGCUUUUGCACAGGGGCUUACCAUUUGAAAUUCACAUGCUUGGAACGAGUUUCAAUAUACAAUUGCUCCCAAAUGAAGGUUUUCUCUGAUGCUGAUAUAGACGCACCAGAUAAUGUGACUAUUGCUUCAAAUGGUGAUCUCAGAGACAUGAUAGAGAAGGCUUUUAAGAAGGCAACUUGAGUUAUCAAAAUUGAAACGUUUUGCGAUGUUGUUGGCAGUUGUUUCAGGAAAUCAUCUUUGGGUGCAA